UGACUGACUGGGGUCUGCCUGUGAGAAAGUUAAACACCCAGUUACAGAGGGAGGGUGACAGGCCAAGUGUGAGGAGCUUAUUUGUGAGUUUGUGGGGGCUGACUGUAUUAAAAGCAGAGCUAUAGUCUAUAAAUAGCAUUCUGACAUAUGUGUCCUGGCCCUGUAGGUGAGAAAGGGCUGUGUGGAUGGCAGUGUUGACUGCAUCAUCCGUGGACCGGUUCUGGCGAUAUGAAAACUGUAGAGGGUCCACAGUUGCCGCCGGGAUGCUCUUUUUGAUGUGGGUCAUGACUAUCCUUUCAAAGCACUUCAUAACAAUAGGAGUGAGUGCUAUAGGGCGAUAGUCAUUCAAGCAGGUCACGUUGCUCUUCUUGGGUACGGGCACUAUGGUGGUGGACUUAAAGCAGGUCGGUACAGAUGCUUGUGCAAGCGACAGGUUAAAUAUGUCAGCAAGCACAUCAGCUAGCUCUGAUGAGCAAACCCGAAGUGCACGGGCCUCAGAUGUUGUCUGGGCCUGCUGCUUCUCGUGGGUUUGUUUUGUUCAGAACCCUGCGCACAUCAGCUGAUGUCACCAUGAGAGGUGAGUCCUGUGUGCUCCCCAAGUCCAGCCACCCUCUCUGCUCAUCAGGAGUUUGGGUGUCAAAGCGGGCAUAGAACUCAUUCAGCUCAUCAGGAAGUGUGGUUUGGCUGGACGUGGUUGGAUAAAACAUGUUACAUGACGAUUACCAGGAAAAAAGGCAUAAAAAAUCAGAACCUGAUGCUGUAUGGACAAAACAUGAUAAAAGUAGAUCAUUUGAAAUACCUUGGUAUGUGGCUAGAUCAGAAAGGCACAUGGAAGACCCAUGUGGAAAAGGUAGAAGAGAAAUGUAAGAGGAUAAUAAACUUAAUGAGAGCUGUUACAGGUAAGGAGUGGGGAGCAGAUAAACAAUCACUAAUGUAUAUACGUAUAUAGAGCUUUGAUGAGAGCAAAUAUAGAUUAUGGAAGUUUUGUAUAUGGAGCUGCAGCUAAAACACAUUUAAGGAAAAUAGAAAGAAAUAUUCCCAAAGCAUUUAGGAUAAGUACAGGUGCAAUCACAUCAACACCAAUGAAAGCAAUGCAGGUUGAGUUAGGAGAAGUAGCGUAUGACCUGAGAAGAGAUCAACUUAUGUUGACAUACUGGAGUAGACUUAAAGGAUGUAGGCAUGGACAUCUGGCCAAGGAUGUGAUGGAGGAAUGUUGGGAGUAUAAUACAACUAAAAGUAAUAGCUUUGGGUGGGUAAUUAAAGAUAAAAUGGAUAAAUAGAACAUAAAAAUAUACAGAUUAAUAAUUCUACACUCAUAAGCAAUAUUCCUAUCUGGCUAUUUCCAAAACCUGAAGUAGAUAUAUAUAUAUAACAGAGUUAAAAAAUAAAUGGAAAGAUAGUGAAAAAGGACAUAAGGACAUAUUAAAAACAAAUAUUAUGGUUACUUAGAUAUUUCUACAGAUGGAUCAAAAAGCGAAGAAGGGAAGGUGGGGAUUGGAAUCUAUGUACCAACAAUGAACUAUAGCAUCAUUAAAAGAUUACCAGACCAGCUCUCGCUUUAUACAGCAGAAAUGAUGGCAAUGAUUAUAGGUUUGCAAUAGAUAGAGGAAAUAAAAGCAGAUAGAGUGCUACGUUGUGUGGACUCUCUGGCAGCAUUAUAUAGUAUUAAAAAUAUGGAAUCAAGUGGAGAGGAUUUAUUAUUAGAAAUACCAUCCAUCCAUCCAUUUUCUAUACCGCUUCAUCCUCAUUAGGGUCGCGGGGGCAUGCUGGAGCCUAUCCCAGCUGACUUCGGGCGACAGGCGGGGUACACCCUGGACUGGUCGCCAGCCAAUCGCUGGACAAUUUAUGGACAAUUUAGAGUCGUCAAUUAACCUCACCUGCAUGUUUUUGGGAAUGUGGGAGGAAGCCGGAGUGCCCGGAGAAAACCCACCCACGCACACACGAGGAGAACAUGCAAAUUCCACACAGAAAUGCCCAGGGGAGAAUCGAACCUAGGUCUUCCCGGUCUCCAGGCAGUUCCUGUAUUGGCCAACGUGUGGUGGUCUAGAAAUACAUCAAAACUUAUUCCAACUAUACAUGUUAAAAAUAGACAUAAGAUUUUGCUGGGUGCCUGCACAUGUAGGGGUGGAGGGGAAUGAGGUGGCAGAUAAAAUGGCUAAAAUGGGAAUUAGAAGGAAUGAAAUUAUAGAUAUACCUGCUGGUAAAGGUGAAGUAAAGGCAAUAAUCAAAAAACAAAUGAUGGAGAAAUGGCAAAAUAGGUGGGAUGAGGGGAAAGUAUUAUAAAGUACAAAGAUCUAUUAGUACACAAGGGGUGAAGAGAAAAAACAGAAAAGAGGAAAUAGUGUUAACUAGGAUGAGGCUCAAUCACACCGGGUUAAAUGACAAGAUGUUUUUGAUAGGGAAAUGUAAAUCAAAGUAUGUAUGGAGUGUAAAAGUAUAGAGAAUGUAGAACACAUAUUACUACACUGCAAGAGAUAUAGGGAAGAACGUGUAACGUUAAGGAAAACAAUUAAGAAGAUAGGAAGGGAAUGGAGCAUUGAGGGUAUCUUAGGAACAGGUGGGGAGGGGGUAAGAGAUAUACAGAGGGCAGUGAUAGAAUAUUUGAAGGACACAGUAUUAUAUAAUAGAAUAUAGAUAAUUAUUAGAAUAUUUUAUUAUAGUAUUAUUAUUAGGAUUAUUAUUAGUAGUAGUAUAAGUAGUCUCCUCAUUAUCUAAGUUAGCAUAAAGUAAGAUACUGUAUAUGGCCCAUGUUACAUACUCUGGUACAGUAGGUGGCGGUAUGCACCUUUUAAAGUCAUGGUUGCAACCCACCAUUAAACUAAAAGAAGAAGAAGAAUUUGUAGUGCAGUACAAUGCUUAAAUUGUAAGAGUACAACACUGCGCCUGACGUGUGAUGACGAGAGAAGCCAAAGGGUGAAUAAUACAAAAAUAGAGUUGGUCGAAAACAAUACUUUGCCUUUUUAAGGUUUUGUGAUUACUUUAGCGGUAGUUUUCCGUUAUAUUGCAAUCAUUUAUAGACUUUUAGUCUAUAAAUGAUUACAUGAUUAUAUAUAGAGGCUAAAGGUCGGUUACUUAAAAUUAUCCCUUAUGACACUGAAUGAUCACAGAGGCUUCCGUGAUAUUAUUUGUGUAUGCUCUCUGUUUUUUGAACUAAUAUACUUGGGGAAACAGGCUCCAAAAACAAUGUGAUUGUUUUUGUUUUUGUACAACGUGAUUGUGAUUUUAUUUGUUUUUGUACAAUGCGAUGGUGAUUGUUUUUUAUGCCUAAAUGUUUCCCAAGUAUAUCAGUGCGUGUGUGAAUGUAUAAACGAGAGGAAUUAACCUAACUUUCUUUAUAGAAAGGCGCUUUAUGAAAGAAAGUACAUUGACUUGUAUUCACUAACAGCGCAGCCUUGACCCAUCCAAUAUGGCGCCGACGUUGACGUAUCGCAGCAGUGGACAAACCCACUCUACGCGGCGUCUAUCAAUGUCUAUAGUAGAAGGCAUGCAAAGGGGAAUGCGAGAAGGUGAUACAGCUCAUCUGCUAUCAAGCUAACAAGUCUUAGCAGCAUCACACCAAAAGUGUUUCAGUUUAAAAUAUGUUGACGGUUUUAUUUUGACAGUGAGUGGUCAUUUAGCUACUUUGAGCGACACAAUGUAACACAACAUGAAGAAUAUAGACGCCUGGGAAAGUGCGUGAAGUAGGUGAAACAUAAAUGGUAGGAUAAAUGUGCUUAUGUUAAGGUUGCACAAUUUGUAUAACACCUUGCAAUUCGUCAUGCUUUUAUUGUGAACGUGGUGACGGAAAUCCUUCCGACGAAAAGCUUGCUUGACUCCCGCUGGCCAACUUCAGUAUGCUGGUCAGCUAACGAAGACGAGGGGCGUCUCGAUGUUCCAUGACGGUGGUGACGUUAAAAUAAGGCGCGUCGGCACUUGGACGAUUAUGCUCGUAACCGGCGAUGUGGUCUACUUGACUGUUUCAAACAUAAACAACAGGAAUAGCCUUUUUGCGGAACAGACAACUCUUCUCUGCUGCCUCCGCCUCUCGAAUGACCGAGGCGACUAGCUUUGAGAUGCCAGCUGCAGUCGAAGGAAGUUGGAAUUGAUCAUCAUUGCAGUUUUAAAUGACAACAUAGUAGCUAAUACAGCUCCGCAUCUUUCUUAGCGGACAUCACAAAGAAGGGCGGCAUAGUAACACCCGGUCCAAAAAGGAUGUCUUUUUUUAAUUUUCGCAAGAUUUUCAAGCUAGGGUCCGACAGGAAGAAGAAGCAGUACGAGCAUGUGCACAGAGACGUUAACCCAGAGGAGAUUUGGGACAUCAUCGGGGAACUUGGCGAUGGAGCCUUUGGGAAAGUCUACAAGGCUCAGAACAAGCAAAACGGGACCCUCGCUGCCGCCAAGGUUAUUGACACCAAGACGGAGGAUGAGCUGGAGGACUACAUGGUCGAGAUUGACAUCCUGGCCUCUUGCAGCCACCAUCACAUUGUCAAACUGCUGGACGCCUUCUAUUUCGAAGGGAAACUCUGGAUCCUCAUAGAGUUCUGUGCGGGCGGUGCGGUGGAUGCCAUCAUGCUGGAACUGGAGAGGCCCCUGACUGAGCCUCAGAUUCGUGUGGUGUGCAAGCAGACCUUGGAGGCCUUGGUCUACCUCCACGAGAACAAGAUCAUCCACAGAGACCUGAAGGCCGGCAACAUUCUCCUCUCCCUGGAUGGAGAAGUGAAACUUGCGGAUUUUGGAGUUUCUGCAAAAAAUACAAAGACGUUACAGAGGAGAGAUUCUUUCAUUGGCACGCCAUACUGGAUGGCCCCAGAGGUGGUGAUGUGUGAAACGUCCAAGGACCGUCCUUACGACUACAAAGCGGACAUCUGGUCCCUCGGGGUGACCCUGAUUGAGCUGGCACAGAUUGAGCCACCCAACCACGAGAUGAAUCCCAUGAGAGUAUUGCUGAAAAUAGCCAAGUCCGAGCCGCCCACACUCAUGCAUCCCUCUCGCUGGACACCGGAAUUCAGUGACUUUCUCCGCAAAGCACUUGACAAGAACGUGGACAAUCGGUGGGGCCCGCUGCAGCUUCUACAGCAUCCUUUUGUCGCCAGCGUCAUGGACAGCAAACCUCUGCGAGAGCUUAUUGCAGAGUCCAAAGCUGAAGUCACGGAGGAGAUUGAGGAUAGCAAAGAAGAGGAAGAGGAGGAGGAGCCUGACACACCUCUGUCCGGUCCUGGACACAAGCGAGAACCGUCAGAUGCAAGUAUGGUGAGCUCAGAGGACGACAAAGUUCCAGCGACUCCCUCCAUGCUGGAAUCUGUCACAGAAAAGACAGAGGCUGAGCCGACCAAAGAUGAGGCCAGUGGUAAGCUCGCUAAUGAAGGUCAAGGAGCAAGUGAGACCAACAAGAUGGAAGAGAAGCUCAAUGAGGUGCCCGACGCCAGUAAUGAAGACAAAGCCUCAGGGUUGAUGGAGAAGGACUUGGUCUCACAAGAGCAUAUUGGACCAGAGGGACAAGCUGAUGAGGUUUCUGCAACAGAGGAAGGCGUUUUAGAAGGAGUGGCUGCAGAAAACCUUGUGACUGAUGGUCAGAGAGAGGAGAUGCAGGAAGAAGAAACAAACGCCGAUUCCACACAGGUGUUACAAGUUCAGAAAGAGCCUCAAGUGGUGACCGAAGAAGAGCCCCAAGAAGGAGAGUCAAAUCGGCAACUCACUGAAUCCUCAGAAUUAGAGGAGCCACCUGCACGUGCCAAAGAAGAAGUGGAGGAAUUAGACAUCCAGCAGGUGAGCAAACCACAGGAGAUGUUUCAGCAUAAGUUGGCUGAUACGGCUAAUGGCACAGAUGAUAACAGUGGAGCAAAUGAAGAAGCACACGUAGUGGACACAAACACGUAUGAAGACGCACAAACCAAGGAGAGUGAGGACGAGUCACCCAUUCCUCUGCUUGAGGAGACACUCGAAAUAGAGGAGGAGACAUCUGAGCUGCCUGAUCAGGUUCUCCAAAGUACAAAUGGCAUGUGUGAUGACACCAUGGAUUCCUCUGAGGAUGCAGGACAAGUGCUCCCAAUUAAGGAAGAUGAGGAAACCGCUCCAGUAGAAGACGGCAGUAUUCCGGAGAGCAAAACCGACUCUGAGACCAAGAUGGAGCAGGGAAGUCCUGCUGUGCCAUGUCAGGAUAUGGAGAAGGACUCUGACUCCGGAAGUACCUCAGCUGCUGACAGCAACAGUCUUGACCUCAAUUUGUCAAUCUCCAGCUUCCUGUCUAAGAGCAAAGACGGGGGUUCAGUGUCUGUGCAGGAGUCAAAACGUCAGAAGAAGACUCUGAAAAAGACACGUAAGUUCAUGGUGGACGGCGUGGAGGUCAGCGUGACCACGUCGAAGAUAGUGACAGAUGAUGACGCCAAGAACGAGGAGAUGAGGUUUCUGAGGCGGCAGGAGCUGCGGGAGCUGCGGCUGCUGCAGAAAGAGGAGCAGAGAGCUCAGCAGCAGCUCUGCAACAAGCUGCAGCAGCAGCGAGACCAGAUCUUGCGACGCUUUGAACAGGAAACUACAGCAAAGAAACGUCAGUACGACCAAGAAGUGGAGGGCCUGGAGAAGAAGCAGAAGCAGACAAUUGAACGCCUGGAGCAGGACCACACCAGCCGGCUGCGAGAUGAAGCCAAACGCAUUAAGGCAGAUCAAGACAAGGAGCUGUCCAAGUUCCAGAACAUGCUGAAGAACAAAAAGAAAGAGGCCAAACAGGAAGUUGGACAGUCGCCAAAACACAUGCGAAAAGAGCUCAUGAAGCGCUUAAAGGAGGACCUAACGCUUCUUAAGAUGGCCAAGGCGGUCGCCCAGGUUAUGAUACAGUCUUUUCAGUUGUCCUCAUGCGCACUCUUCAAUGCUCAGAUGCAGGAUGAGCAGGAGUUCCUCCAGAAGCAGCAGCAGGAGCUGGACGGAGAGCUGAAGAAGAUCAUCCAGCAGCACAAAGUGGAGAUUGCCACCAUCGAGAGGGACUGCCUCAACCACAAGCAGCAGCUAAUGAGAGCUCGGGAGGCGGCCAUGUGGGAGUUGGAGGAGCGCCACCUGCAGGAGAAGCACCUGCAGCUCAAGCAACAGCUGAAAGACCAGUACUUCCUGCAGAGACACCAGCUGCUCAAGCGUCACGAGAAAGAGAUGGAGCAGAUGCAGCGAUAUAACCAGCGGCUGAUUGAGGAGAUGAAGAACAAGCAGACCCAGGAGAGGGUCCGCCUGCCCAAGAUCCAGCGCAGCGACGGCAAGACUCGCAUGGCCAUGUUCAAGAAGAGUCUACGCAUCGCUGCCUCGGCGGUCGUUACCCCCGAGCAGGAGAGAGAACGCAUUAAACAGUUUGCUUGUCAGGAAGAAAAGAGGCAGAAGAACGAGCGUCUCCAUCAACACCAGAAACACGAGAACCAGAUGAGGGAUCUUCAGCUACAGUGCGACUCAAACAUCAGAGAGCUGCUGCAACUACAGAAUGAGAAAUGUCACCUCCUCAUUGAGCAUGAGACCCAGAAGCUGAAGGAACUGGAUGAGGAGCACAGCCAGGAGAUAAAGGAGUGGAGAGACAAGCUAAGACCCAGGAAGAAGGCCCUAGAGGAGGAGUUCACACGCAAGCUGCAGGAGCAGGAGGUCUUCUUCCAGAUGAGCGGCGAGUCGGAAUGCCUUAACCCCACUGCUCAGAGUCGUGUGUCCAAGUUCUACCCCAUCCCACAUCUGCACAGCUCUGGCUCAUAGGCCCCAUCAGUCUAUUUUGUUUUUUUCAAUCAUGUUCGGAAUUGAAAAGUCUGCAGAAGGUCGUACCGGCUGCAUUAUGGAUUCUCUCCAGUGCCUCCUCUGCUCUUUGUUGAGUUGUGUCUGCAUUUAGAUGUCCAUUACAGCACUUGAAUUAUUUGUCACAUUCCUGCAUUCAUUUCAACACACGUGAGUGCGUUUGAUAUCAAAGGAAUGUCACUGUUCAUUUGCACUCUUGUUGCCACAUUAGCUAAAAAUUGAAUAUGCAGUAUCAAUCAUGUACAAACCGACACUUUUAGCUUAUUCUAAUGACCACUCGUCAUGCUGUUAUUGACUAUAAAAAGCGGAAAGACGUCAUUUAUUUAUCCCAUCAAAUAUGUUUGAUUCUCUCAAUAACAAAUGCUGGAGUUUUUUUCCCAAACAGUCAUCGUAGAUUUUUUUUUGAACACAUUUUAAUGAUUUUGUCUCUUUCUCCGUCCAUCUCAGUGGAAAAAUAUGCAGAUCAAAUAAAUGUAUUGAAACUGUCAAUGGGACAUAUUUGUUGUAAAUAAAAUGAGUCAAACAA